CCCUUGAAUCGCUUCACCUUCCUUACGGGGGGGAAAAAAAAAUCUCAACUUUUGAAAUCACAGAAACUUCCAAAACCCCCAAAAAAAAAAAAAAGUCUCAAAAUUGAAAAUCUCUCAAACCUCGUUGAUUCCUCCUCAUCUUCUCCCAUGGAUGAACCCGGUUCAGAUCCGGAUCCCGGGUCUUACCCAAUUCCGCCCGCUUCAGUCCAUCUCUCCCCUUUCUCCUCUUCUCUCGUUCCGCCUCCUCUCUCUACUCACUUCACCCGUCGUCCUUGCCAGCCUCUGCAAUCGUCUCGCCGUCUAGCUUACAUCUCUCUCCAAGGUCUACUCGUCAAUUCCGAUGAAGCAAGCUCCGCUCGGUCAAUCGGCGGCGGAUUGAGCCGAGACGAAACCCUCGCGUGGGAGCUCUUCACUCCUUACCAGAGGUUCCUGAUUGUGGCCGUCAUUGGUGUCGCCGCCUCUGAGUCUAAGAAGAAUGGUUUGAUUCGUCAGCUCCAGAAAUCUGUUGAUCUUAGGGAUCAGGUUCUUACAAGCAUGCAACAAAAGCUUGACGAUUUGUGUCAACAGCUAAAUCUUGUUAAGGAUCAGUCAGGAACUGGAACCAAGGUCUCAGUUCAUGAUGAUGAUCUACAACCAACUUUAAAAGAAAAGUUUGGAUCUGAGAGGAUUAAUUUCGUGGAUUGUGGCUGCUGGCUAUGUGAUCAACAUCAUCACUCAUCACCUCCUGUUAUACAGGAUAAAGUUCCAACAAAUCUGGUGAUUGACGCAGAGCCAGAGGAAAGGCGUAUGUCUUACAUGUCAGAUUGGUGUUCCAGUGUCACUUCUGCUGCAGAGAACCAUCAGUUUGAUAAUCUUUCACUCGACCAAGACAUGCUUUCCCUCAGAAAGGAGUGUCAAGAGAAAGAUGCAACAAUAAAGGACUUAACUUCAUUUCUUCAAUCGACCACCAAAGCUGGCUCAAAACGAGAAACGGAGCUUGAAGAGAUUAUUCGCAGGAAGAAGACAAUAAUUAAGAAGCUCAAGAGAGACGUGCUGGUGUUAGAAGAAAAGGUCACACAGCUCACUAAGCUCCGGAGGUCCUCCUAUUCAGCUGCAGUCUCAAAUACCCAUGAAUUCCCAAUGAGAAUGGACAAUCUUCUUUAUGAUAUGGAUCUUCUUACAACUUCUUCAUCCUCUGAUUCGGAACCUACUGUAGACACACCCCAGCGAGCUGUGAUGGAGGCUCCAGUUGAUUUCAUAAAGGAGGAACAACUCAAAGCUGUGGGACAAAUCCAUAACUCAGCUCCAGCUAAAUCCUCGACGUCACUUGUGAAAUCUGUAAAGCCGCCUUCAGUAGUUAGUCCAUCGACUACCCGUAAGCCUGUUUCAGUUUCUUCCUCUACUAGGAUUAAAAGGGGUUCCUCUACAAGUGAUUCAAAGAAACCUAGAAGGCCAAUGCAGGCUACUCCAAGAGAUUCAUCUGGUUUGCAUAAGAGAUGGGUUUAGUAAGUAUUGGUCUGCUGGUAAGUAUCAAGUUCCAGUUCCAGUUCUGAGAAGAAAAGAAACCAUUGAAUAGGACUUAAAAAGUAAACAAGAGAUCCACUGUUAUGUUCAAAUUUAAAACUGAUUCAGUUAGUUAUGAGUGGAUCUGUUACAAGUACCAGCGGCCAGAUGUUACUGUAAGUAGGUGUUUCGGAAUCUAAAGGUUGUAGCUAAAAGUAUAAUAUACCUUUUGCUCUCAGUUGGGUUAAAA